AUGCAAUGCCCGACCCAAGGAGAAGGAUCUGUGUUUUGUGAGGAUAUAAAUUUGCAUUUGGACGAAAGUACCCAUGAUGUAGAAGACGACCACGAUGAGCAUCACUACUUUGAUUUACUCAAGCAAUUGGAGUUUGAAGAGCUCCCGUCCCAUAUAUGUUCCCAUGAGGGCUUGCUGAAGAAGUUGGGAGAGGUUUUGAACCAGAAACAUGCAUUGCAACAAUCGUCGUUGAUAGGUAAUUUAAAGCGGUUGAACCAACUAUCUACAGAUACUUUUUACAUGGAGUAUGGAUGUGGAAAGGGAGAGCUUUCCCGGUACGUCAAUUUGUGUGCUAUGAGAGAAUCGGAGGGCCAAAGUUCAGGUUAUGGAUUUGGGUUUAUAGACCGGGGUGUCAAUCGUCAGAAAGUUGAUAACCGGCUUAUCAAAGACUGCAAAGAAAAAGGUAUAACCCCAAUUGUCAAACGGUCAAGAAUAGAUAUCAAAGAUCUUGAUGUGUCCAAGUUUCUACAGGCCACGAAUGCUGAGAAAGUCAUGAUAAUAUCGAAGCAUUUGUGUGGGGUAGCCACAGACUUGACUCUCUGUCUGGUUCUCAAGUCAGAUUUAAUAUCCAAGUCACAAUUUCAAGGCAUGCUAAUAGCCAUGUGUUGCCGCCAUGUGUGUAGCUAUGCGCUGCUUUUGCCGGAAUCUAAGCGGUAUUUGGCAUGUAUGGGAUUUCCCAGUUCUAAAUCAUUUGACGUUCUUAAAAAGGCAGUUUCAUGGGCAGUUUCUGGAGACGAUCUGGAUAAAGCCAAACUAGGACUUGUGGCACGACGUAUAAUUGACGAAAGCAGGGCCAUUGCUAUGCAAAAAAGACUAAAGAAUUACAAUGUGGAAUUGUUCAAGUACGUCGAACGGUCUACAACGCUUGAAAAUGUGUGUCUCAGCAUCACGAAUGCCUCAGCUUGA